ACACGAGCGUGGCUGAAAACUACAAAUGGGGAUGUGGGGAGAAGAGUUUGAAAAGUUGUGCAGAAGAGCUGUAUCUCAUCUCAAACGAACAGAGCACACACUGGGAGAAAUUAUUCAUGACUUAAAUGGCGGAGGAACUGUUACUGGAAAACGAUGCAAAGCACAGCACGCAUCUCACAAAGCCUCUGCUGGCAGUGGCUUUUCUGGCCUCGUUCGGCAGCUCCAUGCUCUACGGCUACAAUUUGGCAGUCGUCAACUCUCCUGCACAGUACAUCAAAGACUUCUACAAUGAGACGAUGAUAGAAACUUACGACUGGAGUCCGGAUGAGAAGCUCCUCACCGUCCUGUACUCCCUCACUGUGUCGAUCUUUGCUAUCGGUGGGAUGACCGGGGCCCUGCUCGUGGGCAAACUCGUCACCAAAUAUGGAAGGAAAGGGACGCUGGUGAGAGCCACUGUGCUGGUGUUUAUAGGAGGAGCUCUUAUGGGGUCCAGCAGAGCGUGCAGGAUGCCUGCGAUGGUCAUUGUUGGACGCUUUAUCACAGGAGUUCACUCAGGUAUCUCUCUCAGUGUGGUGCCAAUGUACCUCGGUGAAAUCGCCCCGAAGAACCUGCGAGGCUUUCUGGGCCUCGUUCCCAGCAUUCACAUUUGUCUUGGAGUCUUCAUCGCUCAGGUCCUGGGACUCCACGAACUGCUGGGAAAGGAAGAGCACUGGCCUCUGCUCCUGUCCCUGGUGGUGUUUCCUACACUGGUCCAGCUGAUGCUGUUGCCAUGGUUUCCAGAGAGCCCACGGUACCUGUUGAUAGAUAAGGGAGACGUUGAUGCCACCAUCGCAGCCCUGAAGUGGUACCGUCUUAAGGGAAACAUCCAGGCAGAAGUUGAGGAGAUGCAGGAGGAACAGCGCUCUCUGUCUUCCAUCGAGACCAUCUCUGUUCGUGGUCUGCUUAUGGACCGCUGUGUUCGCUGGCAGGUCAUCACCAUUGCUGUGGUCAACGUUGGCAUGCAGCUGUCUGGCAUUGAUGCAAUCUGGUUCUACACAAAUGACAUAUUUAAGAAUGCAGGAAUCCCAGAGCCUUAUAUUCAGUACACAACAGUGGGAACUGGUGCCAUUGAGGUCAUCUCUGGGAUGCUGGGGUGUUUCACUAUUGAGCGUCUGGGCAGAAGACCUCUGAUGAUUGGCGGCUUCCUUUUCAUGGCAUUCUGCUGUGUGGGGAUCACAUUGUCUAUCCUCUUCCAGGCGCAGCUGUCCUUCAUGCGCUACAUCAGCGUGGGCUGCGUUGUUGGGAUUAUUGCUGGUUUCUGCAUAGGUCCAGCUGGUGUGCCUUUCCUGAUCACUGCAGAGCUGUUUAAGCAGUCUCACCGACCGGCUGCCUACACUGUGGCCGGCUGCCUCAACUGGUUGUCCAACUUUACCAUCGGCUUCGUCUUUCCCUUCCUAGAGAUAGCGACAGGUCCUUACUGUUACCUGAUCUUCUGUGCGAUCUGCUUGGGGGUGGCCAUCUACACCAUCUUCGUUAUUCCCGAGACCAAGAACAAAACCUUUAUGGAGAUCAGCCAGAUGUUCGCUUCCAAGAACAACAUCCUCAAAGAAGAGUUGACGCCCAAUGGUCAUGUCAAACUGGCUGUGAUGAACGGUUAUGGAACUCUUGGCCAACCUGACUAAAAAUAAGGAGUGAGGAGGUGGACCGACUUGUAAACGAUGGAUUCUUCUCUCAGUGUGCCUUCUUGGUUUGUAAUGACUGAAAUAACGGUAGCAAAGGUGAAAUCUGAUGAGAUCUGCCGCUUUAUGUGAAAACUACAAAGACCAAUGCGCAUGCACAAUCGUACACAAAAAGAAAAACUGGCCUGUCUGGGUCGACAGACAGAGAAUAAUUUCUGUUUCCACAGUUAAUCCGCAGUCAAAGUGUAGCUCCUGUACAUUAUGUGAGGCAGAGGUCACGCGGUCAUGUGUUUCAAAUCAACCAUCAGUGACAUUUUAAUCCGUUUUUCCGCAUCUUAGAGCAUUUUUACAGGAGCUGAGUUGGUUUCUCACAGUGCUCAAGUUUUAAUCUUUGCAUUAGCUUCACUUUCUUUGAACACAUCCCAUGAUUACUUUAUUGUUCAUAUUUAGUGUUGAGUGCUGUCCCUUGCUCAAUAGAGAGAGAAUAUGUUUAUUGAGUCACAAAGCAAUAACACCUCUGAGGCAGCACUUUUAGUGCACUGAAGGAAGGAAUGAAAGCCGCUCAUAAUACAAUAUUUACUGUUACUGUAUGUUUACGGUGUUCAGCUCAAGGUGAAUGUGUUGACCAAGAACUUGAGCUUGUGUUUGUUGUAUCUCUUGUUCAGUUUUGUGUCUCUUUUUACUAAAGAGAGUUGGAUAUUGUGGCUACUGUAGUAGUCAUUUCAUACGCCUUGUCCAAAUAUAUGCACAUGUAUGUAAAGCUUGUUUAAAAAUUUACAAUUUAUCAAUAUAUCACAUCGAAGUAGCUGUAAGAGUUUUUUAUCUGCUGUAUGUUUUACAAUACCUUUUGGUUUAAUAUAUGGUGGAGUCAGUGACAA